CUGGCACAUGUGCGGUGUUCCGAAGUUCGGAUUCCGUGCUCGAAGUGAGAAGCCGGCUUGCGAUGGCGGAGUAACUCAAGACCUAACUAUCGCCCAAAGAUCGCACGUAAUACACCCUAAUCGACACAACAGUUGCCGGACAUGCAACGAUAAACAACUAUGUACUACCAUGGAUGCUAAACUGGACAACAUUUCCCUAGAACAGGGCUGUAGCUCUUGAUGGCUUUGUGUAAGGGUCGCAUCGCUAGUGGGUUCAUGGCUCUUCCUACCACUCACUCCCAAAGAACGCCUGUCUUUCACAGCCGACAUUAUGCUCCACAAAUGCAACAGCAAAACCACCCCGACAGACCUAUCGGCUAUGGAGCUUUCGGAGUUGUUUGGUCAGUGACAGACCCCAGGAAUGGAAAGAGAGUUGCACUCAAGAAAAUGCCGAAAGUAUUUCAGAAUAUAACAUCUUCUAGAAGAGCUUACAGGGAACUACGAAUGCUAUGUACCCUAAAACACGAUAAUGUUAUUUCUGCUAUAGAUAUAGUUCACCCAGGACACAUCGACUUGUUCCACGAAAUCUAUGUAGUAUCAGAGCUUAUGCAGUCAGACUUGCAUAAGAUCAUCGUCUCACCACAACCCCUAACAGCAGACCAUGUCAAAGUAUUUCUGUACCAAAUCUUACGAGGUCUUAAGUAUUUAGAUUCAGCAAAGAUCCUUCAUCGGGACAUUAAACCUGGGAAUUUAUUAGUCAACAGCAAUUGUCUUUUAAAGAUUUGUGAUUUUGGUUUAGCACGUUUGGAGGAGCCAGAUGAGAGUGUCAUUAUGACGCAAGAGGUUGUAACACAGUAUUACAGAUCACCUGAGCUGCUAACAGGCUCAACACACUACACACAAGCAGUUGACAUCUGGUCAGUGGGAUGCAUCUUCGCUGAACUUUUGAGUAGGAAGAUUCUGUUUCAAGCGCAAAGCCCUGUGCAACAGUUAAAUCAGAUUAUUGACUUAUUGGGAACACCAUGCUUAGAAGAUCUUUCAAAGGCAGGCUCCAGUGAAGGUGCUACCAAGUAUAUAUUGCAGAGACCCCACAAGCCUCCAGCACUGGCCUCACUUUACAACCUGUCCAACCAAGCAACUCAUGAAGCAGUUCACCUGCUUUGCAGAAUGCUAGUAUUCAACCCUAACAAAAGGAUCUCUUGCAUUGACGCCUUGUCCCACCCUUACUUGGAUGAAGGCCGACUACGCUUCCAUACUUGUAUGUGCAAGUGUUGCCAGACAACUCCUGCUGGCCGGCAAUAUGUCUCAGACUUUGAACCUGUAAACCCUGCAAGAUUUGAUGAUAGUUAUGAAUAUAAUUUGAAUGAUAUAUCUUCAAUAAAAGAAUCUCUCUAUAAGUAUGUGCUUGAACACCAGGGGAACUCGGUUCCCCUUUGCAUCAAUAUGGCCUCACCAUCCUUCAAGAGCUUCCAGAGAUCUGGUGUUGCACCUCAACCAGAUAAAAUGGAGUCUCCCCAACUUUGUGUUGAUAGAAACAUGAGGCGGAUCUAGCGUCAUUCACAAGCUGAUAGGAAGAUCUCAGAUCUUUUCUCCCAUUGAUACAUUGUAAGACUUUUAUGGUUUUGGCUCAGGCAGUUAAGGUGCAGAGGAGGGGUCUGUGUUACUGUCACCAUAAAAUGGUGUCAUUUUAUUGAAUGCUGUGUAUGUAAUGGAAGGUUGAAUAAUGCCAGCACAAACAGGGGUGUUGUGUUCAGUUUCAGUUUCCCCAUAGAAAUAGGCAAAGGGAAUAGUUGUGGAGUUGAAAAACCUUGGAAAAAGUAGGAACACACCUUAAGAGAAGUAGUUUCAUCUUUAAGCUUUUUUUCAUCUAGUAGCAUAUUGAAUGUCAAUGUUUCUGAAUAAGUUGUUAGUUGCUACAUAUAUCAGCGGUUUUGAUUUUUAAUCCUUUGCAAAGAAGGGAAUUCAAGACCCUAGUAUACAAACGCCUAGUUCCAUAAAUUUAUGAUGUAUCUGUAUUUACUCGAAAAAAAUGUGUUGGCUCUUGUUUGAUCUUCUGAAUUAACUGGGCAAAAAAUCUACUUAAAACUAUACAAAACAAAAGCUGAAAUACUUCAGCCUUGGUUAUUUCUCAAACAUCAGAUACAGAGAUUUUUCAGGGUUUCAGAUUGAAAGAGCAGCUGAGCUUUUUCAUGUAAAUACAGUACAUUAUUUAGAAUAGUUAAUUGUUUAUAUAGACCAGCUACCGUUGUACCGAUGUAUGCUACUACCUCUUUCUAUAAUGAAGCAAAAUAGAACCAGGUAAUAGCAUAAGAUUUUGUUGUUUGUCUGUGCUGUGUUUUAGCUAGCUUUUUUUGUUCUGCUCUCAAUCAGCUAUGUUGUUAUAAUCAAGACAAUAUGGGAGCCAAAUAUUAAGAAUUGUAAAUAUUUAGGUAGGCUUUUCCAAUUUGUCCAACUAGCUUUUACAGCUUUUGGAAAUAACCUGGCCCAAGUUUGCACAUAUAGUAAAAUACCAACGGCAAGUUUGAGCCUGGUUGAAAACUCAUUUGCAGCUUUCAUUUGUUAUAGCUUUACUUUUAUUUGAUUUUCUUCUUUUUUUGGGCGGGACCCAGAAUUUAAAUGCUGCUAUGGGUCAAACAUAGCUAGAGGAGAGCAACCUAGUGCGAUAUGUCACUUCAUCGCUGUAAAAACAAGAAUUUUGAUCACCAGAUCAUGGAAGAACCAUGGAUGUAUACUAUUCCACCAUGAGACGCUUUUGUAAAUUGUACAGUGAGUCCUUAAGCAUCGGUUUCUCACAAGAUGUUGGAAAAAAGAAUUAUAAAUAGCAAGAAUUUGUAACAAGAACAAGAUAAGAAAUUUUGAUAAGAUUUUAAAAAGUGUAAUAUAAGACCCAUACAUAGAUUAUAAGCAUUCCUUUAUGUGCUAACAUUUGGGACAUAACCAACAUCAAUGAAAUGUCACACUUUUACCAUACCAAAACUCAAGUAAAAGUGGUCCUAUUUCUGAGAAACCAUGCUUUCCUUAUUGCAAAUAUUAUUUUUGCGCUAUUUAUUUUAUAUGCUGUAUUUGUAUUUAUAUGUUGUAUGAGCAUCUUCCAUCUUUUUGUGCAGAUAUAUAAAGCAGAGUACACUAUUUGCACGACCCAAAAGCACUUGUAAGCUCAUCAGUGAUUCAAAGAAAUUCUUAUAAAUCAUGAUCAGUUCAAAUAAAAAUAUCAAUUAAUAAAA